AUUUAUUGCUAACCUAAUUACACAAACUUUCUUUGUCUCCUCUACCUUUUCCAAUCCAUAAAAAGCUCAUCAAAACCUGUAAUAUCAGUAUAUGACUAUAAUAUUUGUACUAUACUAUUACUGCUGUUAUCUUCACAACUAUAUUCCUUAAAUGCUAACUUCCUUUUUUCAUUUAAGUUAGUUGCAAAACAAAAUACCCAACAACCAAUAUAUAAUUGACACACAUAAACACCCACAUUUUCAACAAACAAUCCAAGCAAGAGAGAGAAAGACGACUCUUUUUUUUCUCUCUUUUUCUUUGUGAUUACUACAAACAAACAAUCAAUAAUUUCAGAGGAAUUUUUCUGGGGCAAUGUGUUCUGCAAGAAACAGGGGAAAACAGGGGAAUAAAAUGGAAAAUGGGAACAAAUUUUGUGAGCAACAACAAAGUAUGAAGAAAUUUGGAAAAAAUUCCAACAAAAACAAAAAUGUUGAACUUUUGAGUUUCAAUGAAUUACCUGAUUAUAUGAAGGAUAAUGAGUUUAUUCUGAAGUAUUAUAGAGCAGAAUGGUCUGUAAAGCAAGCUUUUUUUAGCUUGUUUCAAUGGCAUAAUGAAACUCUCAAUGUUUGGACGCAUUUACUUGGAUUUGCUCUGUUUGUGGUUUUAACUGUUGUUAAUGCAGCUCAUGUGUCACAAGCAGUUGACCUUUUCGGAAUUUUUAGGAAUUAUCCCUCUGGAUUAGAGAAAAAUUCAUCUCAUGAUUCUACUAAUAUCUUUAUGGGUGUGACAAAUUUGGUUGAUUUGAAUAACAUAUCCAAUCAAGGAGGUAAUGAAAUCCAGCAUAUGAACUCAGAAGCAGUAAGAUGGCCAUUUUAUGUCUACUUGAGUGGCUCAAUGUUCUGCCUUUUAUCAAGCACAAUUUGCCAUCUCUUUUGCUGCCACUCUCACCACAUGAACCUAUGGCUCCUCCGAAUGGACUACACCGGGAUCACUGUAAUGAUCAUCACCUCAUUCUUCCCUCCGAUUUACUACAUCUUCCAAUGCCAACCUCUAUGGCAAAUCAUCUACCUUUCAGGAAUCUCUAUCUUUGGGGCCUUCACAAUCGCGACACUACUCUCUCCGACCCUCUCCUCAGGGAAAUGUCGAGCCUUUCGAGCCAUACUCUUUGUGUCCAUGGGUCUGUUUGGUCUUGUUCCUGCCAUACAUGGUUGUGUAUUAAAUUGGGAUAACCCAAGAAGGAACUUGACCCUUGCCUAUGAGUCUGCCAUGGCCUUGUCUUACCUUAUUGGAACCGGCUUCUACGUGAGUCGAGUCCCAGAGAGGUGGAGGCCCGGUUUGUUUGAUCUUGCUGGCCAUAGCCAUCAAAUUUUUCAUGUGUUUGUGCUGUUGGGUGCGUUGGCUCACUAUGGCGCUGCCCUGCUUUUCAUGGAAUACAGAGAUGCUGUGGGGUGCUGACAAUGACCUAAAAUAUGGAUUAACUUCUUAAUCAUAUCAUCUUCAUUGUAUUCAAUAUUUAUUGUGUUCUUCACUGGUAAAGAUUUGAUUAUAUAUAUUGGAAUUCAUAGGAUUUGUAGAUAAAGGAAAAUUAUUCAUUUGUUAGCUGUCAGAUAUAAUUAUUCAUAUCAUUUGUUGGUGUUAACUGUUUAAGCAUAAUGAUAUACCUAUUGUAAUCUUAUGCAAUUGGGAUUACCAAAACAAGAAGUGAAAGAAAUUAUUAUCCUUUGACCA